UUCAUUCUCCCUCAACAAAAAAUAACAACCAAAAUCCCAAUUCUAUCCACGUGGUCACAACCACCUAAACCCCUCCACAAAAAGUCAACAAGGGCAAUCUCGUCAUCCCCCACCAAAACCCUCUCCCAAAACCCAGCCACUCUUACACAAUCACAAAAGCCACAAACACAAAUUAAUUUCCAUUUCAUUUCUCUAUUUUUUUCCUUUCCAACACACAAUUUCCGUCUCAUGCAAUCGCAAACAAACUCAAAUACAAAACCCAAAUUUCCACACUCACUCUCUUCACUCUCUCCACUCUCUCCACUCUCACUCUUCACUCUCUACUCUCUCUCUCUCAUUUCGUUUUCUCUCUCAUGCGCUUUCUCUUCAACACGAUCAAAACCUACCACUCGGGUUUUUCAAACUCGCACUCUGUAGUGUACUAGGGUUUUAUGUUCAGCUCGCUUUGACGGUCUAACUUAACACGGAUUUACCUUUGAGGUGCUGUAGUUUACCAAGGUAGUGAUGGAAGAUAAUCCUGCUUCAAGUCUCAUGGAAGGGAAGGUUGUUGGGAUCCGAUUCAGUAUGGCUACACGUCAGGAAAUUAGUACUGCCUCAAUUAGUGAUUCCCAAAUUAGCCAUGCGAGCCAGCUGGGAAAUCCAUUCCUUGGGCUUCCACUUGAAUUUGGACGAUGUGAAUCUUGUGGCACUUCUGAAGCAGGGAAGUGUGAAGGCCACUUUGGAUAUAUUGAACUUCCAGUUCCAAUAUACCAUCCUAGUCAUGUUACUGAGUUGAAGCGAAUACUGAGCCUGGUUUGCUUAAACUGCUUAAAACUGAAGAAAACCAAGAUUCCUUCUUCAGGCAGUGGUUUUGCACAGAGAGUAGUGGCUCCUUGUUGCGAGGAUAUAAGUGCCCCACAAGUUUCUAUUCAGGAGAUCAAAACAGCUGACGGGGCUUGUUACUUGGCACUAAAGGUGGCAAAGUCAAAAAUGAGUGAUGGUUUUUGGAGUUUUCUAGAAAAAUAUGGCUAUCGCUAUGAGGGUGAUCAUACUCGAGCUUUGCUUCCGUGUGAGGUAAUGGAAAUUAUCAAGAGAAUGCCUCAAGAAACCAAAAAGAAACUUGCUGGAAAAGGAUAUUUUCCUCAAGAUGGAUAUGUUGUGAAAUACCUUCCGGUACCACCAAAUUGCUUGUCUGUGCCAGUAGUAUCUGAUGGUGUCAGUAUCAUGUCUUCGGAUCCUUCCAUGACAGUUCUUAGAAAAUUGCUUAGGAAGGUUGAGGUCAUCAGAAGUUCUAGAUCCGGUGAACCAAACUUUGAAUCUCAUCUAGUGGAAGCUAACGACUUGCAAUCUGUGGUCGAUCAGUAUCUUCAAAUCAGGGGUACUUCUAAGGCAGCACGUGAUAUAGAAACACAUUAUGCUGUCAAUAAAGAGCUGAACGAGUCCUCAACAAAAGCAUGGUUAGAAAAAAUGAGGACUUUAUUUAUAAAAAAGGGUUCAGGGUUUUCUUCUCGGAAUGUGAUAACUGGAGAUGGCUAUAAGAAAAUAAAUGAAGUAGGAAUUCCCCUCGAGGUUGCCCAAAGGAUAACAUUUGAGGAGAGAGUAAGCAUCCAUAACAUCCACUAUUUACAAAAGUUGGUUGAUGAAAAUUUGUGCUUGACAUAUAAGGAAGGUUUGUCAACUUACUCACUACGGGAGGGCUCAAAGGGGCACACUUAUCUUAAACCUGGUCAGAUAGUGCAUCGGAGGAUUAUGGAUGGGGAUGUUGUCUUCAUCAACAGACCACCUACGACUCACAAACACUCAUUGCAAGCGCUUGUAGUGUACAUUCAUGAUGAUCACACUGUCAAGAUAAAUCCUCUAAUAUGUGGGCCCCUUGGAGCUGAUUUUGAUGGUGACUGUGUCCAUCUCUUUUAUCCCCAGUCACUUGCUGCUAAAGCUGAGGUUUUGGAGCUUUUCUCUGUAGAGAAACAACUUCUCAGCUCUCAUAGUGGUAAUCUGAACCUUCAGUUAUCCGCAGAUUCAUUAUUGUCGCUCAAGAUGCUUGUCAAGAGCUGUUUUUUGGAUAAAGCCACAGCAAAUCAAAUGGCAAUGCUUCUCUCACUGCCUUUGCCAAUGCCUGCUUUGCUUAAUGCCGGUUCUGGUGAUUCUUAUUGGACAUCUAUUCAAAUGUUGCAGUGUGCUUUGCCAUUCUCGUUUGAUUGUACCGGAGGGCGAUACUUGAUUAGGCAGAGGGAAAUCUUAGAAUUUGAUUUUACUAGAGAUGUUUUGCCUUCAAUUAUAAAUGAAAUAGCAGCCUCAAUUUUUUUUAGCAAGGGUCCUCCGGAGGCACUGAAUUUCUUUGAUGUGAUCCAGCCCUUUCUGAUGGAAAACAUAUUUGCCUACGGAUUUAGUGUUGGGUUACAAGACUUGUCGAUAUCCAGGGCAGUGAAAAGGGUUAUAAAUAGAAGCAUUGGGAAAGUUUCUCCUUUGUUGAAUCAGCUGAGGGUCAUAUACAAAGAGCCAGUGGCUCAACAAUUGGAGAAACACAUUCAAGAUAUUGAACUUCCCGUCAUAAAUUUUGCUUUGAAGUCCACCAAACUAGGAGAUUUGAUUGACUCAAAGAGUAAGUCGGCUGUUGACAAGGUGGUUCAACAGAUUGGCUUUUUAGGCCAACAGCUCUUUGAAAGAGGAAAGUUUUAUUCCAAGGGAUUGGUUGCGGAUGUAGCUUCUCUUUUUCACGUGAAGUGUUUUUAUGACGGAGAUGGUUAUCCCUCUGCAGAGUUUGGGCUGCUCAAAGGAUGCUUCUUUCAUGGCUUAGAUCCAUAUGAAGAGUUUGUGCAUUCAAUUGCAACGAGAGAAAUAACUGACCGCUCUUCUAGAGGAUUGUCUGAACCAGGAACACUAUUUAAGAAUUUGAUGGCCAUUCUCCGAGAUGUGGUAAUUUGCUAUGAUGGAACUGUGAGAAAUGUAUGCAGUAAUUCCAUCAUCCAGUUUGAAUAUGGCAAUCAAUCUGGAGAGGCAGCCCAGCACUUGUUCCCUGCCGGGGAGCCAGUAGGCGUUUUAGCUGCAACUUCCAUGUCAAACCCUGCUUAUAAAGCAGUCCUUGAUGCUAGUCCUAACAGCAACUCUUCGUGGGAGUUUAUGAAGGAAAUACUUGUUUGCAAGGUGAACUUUAGGAAUGAACCAAAUGACCGUCGCCUAAUUUUAUACUUGAACGAUUGUGAUUGUGGGAGGAGUUAUUGUCGUGAAAAUGCUGCAUAUCUGGUUAAAAAUCAAUUGAGAAAAGUAAGCCUCAAGGAUGCUGCCCUGGAUUUCAUUGUUGAAUACCAGCAGCAGCGAAGACGCAAUAAUGCUCCUGAAGAUGCAGGCCUUGUUGGUCAUAUUCAUCUGGACGAGGCGAUGUUAGAGAAGCUGAAGAUCAGUAUGAUUGAUGUUUACCAAAAAUGCCAAGAGAGACUUAAUUCCUUUAGUCGGAAGAAGAAACUUUUCUCAUUUUUUAAGAGAACUGAAUUAUUUUUCAGCGAGUCUUGCUCUUCUCCCAAUUAUUCUGCACCUUGUGUAACGUUUGUUUGGCUGGAUGGCAAUGAUUUAGACCAAACCACUAAAGUCCUUGCUGACUUGAUCUGCCCGGCUUUGUUAGAUACAAUAAUCCAAGGAGACCCUCGUAUCAGCUCUGCAAAUAUAAUUUGGGUUAAUCCUGGCUCAAACACAUGGGUCCGAAACCCGUCCAAAACUUCUAAUGGUGAAUUAGCACUGGACGUCAUUCUUGAGAAGGAAGCUGUUAAACAAAGUGGUGAUGCUUGGAGGAUUGUACUUGAUUCCUGCCUUCCUGUUCUUCAUUUGAUUGAUACCAGGCGUUCUGUUACUUAUGCUAUUAAGCAAAUUCAAGAAUUACUGGGAAUAUCAUGUACUUUUGAUCAAGUGAUUCAGCGUCUUGCAGCAUCCGUAAGAAUGGUGGCAAAAGGUGUUCUCAGAGAGCAUCUAAUUCUCUUGGCUAGUAGUAUGACUUGUGGGGGAAAUUUGGUUGGUUUUAAUAUAGGUGGUUAUAAAACACUGGCUCGUCAAUUAAAUAUUCAAGUACCGUUCACCGAUGCCACACUCUUUACUCCCAAAAAAUGCUUUGAAAGAGCUGCUGAGAAACACCAUGCAGACUCUUUGUCAAGCAUUGUUGCCUCCUGUUCAUGGGGUAAACACGUGGCAGUUGGUACAGGAUCAAGAUUUGAUAUUGUAUGGGACCCCAAAGAGACAAAUACUAACGAGAUUGAAGGGAUGGAUGUCUACAAAUUCCUUCACAUGGUCAAAGGCCUUGCCAAUGGGGAGGAAGAAAACAAUGCUUGUUUGGGUGAGGACAUUGAUGAUUUGCCAGAUGAUGAAAAUGUCGACGGGGAUAUGUCCCCACCGCAUACCUCUGGAUUUGAUGCUGUCUUUGAUGAGACUUUUGAACUAGUGAAUGGCUCAGCAUCAAAUGGUUGGGAUUCCAGUAAAGACCAGACUGAUCAGAUCAAAACAAACACAAAUGAUUGGUCUGAUUGGGGACAAAAUAAAUCUGAAAUACAAGUUGACGGGGCUGAAAAUAACCAAUGGAACUCUGGAACUCAUCAAGAAGACGCUUCAAAGUCUAGUGCUUGGGGGGUCGGCACAAAUCAAGAAGACGCUUCAAAGUCUAAUGCUUGGGGAGCCGGCACAAAUAUAAAAGACUCUUCAAAGUCCAGUGCUUGGGGGGCUGGCACAAAUCAGGAAGACUCUUCAAAGUCCAGUGCUUGGGGGGCCGGCACAAAUCAGGAAGACGCUUCAAAGUCCAGUGCUUGGGAGGCCGGCACAACUAUAAAAGACUCUUCAAAGUCCAGUGCUUGGGGGGCUGGCACAAAUCAGGAAGACUCUUCAAAGUCCAGUGCUUGGGGGACCGGCACAAAUCAAGAAGACGCUUCAAAGUCUAAUGCUUGGGGGGCUGGCACAAUUAUAAAAGACUCUUCAAAGUCCAGUGCUUGGGGGGGCGGCACAAAUCAAGAAGACUUUUCAAAGUCUAGUGCUUGGGGUGCCGGCACAAAUCAAAAGAGUGAUCAGUCUUCUUGGGGUAAAAGUAAAUCUGAUGGACCACAAAAUGCUGAAUGGGAGUCUGGGAGCUCUCAAAAGUGGAAAUCAGAUGUUAUCCAAGAAGACUCUACAAAAUCUGGUGCUUGGGGGGCCAACACAAAUAAAAAUCAAAAUAGUGAUCAGUCUUCUUGGGGUAAGAAGAAAUCUGGAAUACAAUAUGAUGGAGCAGAAAAGGCCAAAUGGGAGUCUGGGAGCUCUCAAAAGUGGAAAGCUGAUGUUAUCCAAGAAGACUCUACAAAAUCUGGUGCUUGGGGGGCCAACACGAAUCAAAAUAGUGAUCAGUCUUCUUGGGGUAAAAAGAAAUCGGGAAUACAAGGUGAUGACGAAGCAGAAAAGGCCAAAUGGGAAUCUGGGAGUUCUCAAAAGUGGAAAGCUAGUGUUGCCCAAGAUGAUUCUUCAAAGUCUGGUGCUUGGGGGGCCAACACAAAUCAAAUCAAUGAUCAGUCCUCUUGGGGGAGAAAUAAAUCUGGAGUGCAAGAUGGUGGAGAGGGAUGGGCCCAAGGAGAAGCUGGGGGCAUACAAAAAGACUCGUCAAACUCAGGUGAUUGGAAAACUUGGGGGAAAAGUAAACCUGAAGACUCUCCAAAGUCUAGUGCUUGGGGUGCAAACAAAGAUGCAACAAAACCCAAAUCAAAUGACAUGUCCUCAUGGGGAAUGAAAAAAGAUGAAGUGCAUGUUAUGGCAGAAGACUCUUCUAAUGCUUGGGACAACCAACCUUGGGAUUCGAAAAAUGGGUCGAAUAGCUCUUGGGGAAAAUCCAAAGCACAAGAAAACCCACCUUGGAAUUCCAAGAAUGAGUCAAAUCAAGCUGCAAGCUCACGUGGAUGGGACUCGCAAGCUGCUAAUGCUAACUCUGAAAAUGACAAAAGUUUUCAGUGGGGUAAACAAGGAAGAGAGUCAUUUAAGAAAAAUCGCUUUGAAGGUUCACAAGGUUGGGGUCCAAAUACUGGGGACUGGAAAAAUAAGAGUCGUGCCAGACCACCUGGACAAAGGUUUGAAUUAUACUCGUCUGAGGAGCAGGAUGUUCUCAAGGAUAUUGAACCUAUUUUUCAAUCAAUCAGAAGAAUCAUGCAACAGCAAGGGUACAAUGAUGGGGAUCCGCUACCUGCUGAUGACCAGAAAUAUGUGCUUGAGAAUGUCUUUGAACAUCAUCCAGAUAAAGAAACGAAAAUGGGUGGUGGAAUCGAUCAUGUUAUGGUUAGCAAACACAGCGAAUUUCAGGACACCAGAUGCUUGUAUUUGGUUUUAAAAGAUGGUAAAAAAGAAGACUUUUCAUACCGCAAGUGCCUGGAAAACUUAGUAAGGAAGAAAUAUCCAGACACUGCUGAAUCAUUCUGCGGCAAAUAUUUCAAAAAACCCCAACCCUUUGAAUUAUACACUUCUGAGGAGCAGGAUGUUCUCAAGGAUAUUGGACCUAUUGUGCAAUCAAUCAGAAGAAUCAUGCAACAGCAAGGGUACAAUGACGGGGAUCCGCUACCUUCUGAUGACCAAAAAUAUGUGCUUGAGAAUGUCUUUGAACAUCAUCCAGAUAAAGAAACGAAAAUGGGUGGUGGAAUCGAUCAUGUUAUGGUUAGCAAACACAGUGAAUUUCAGGACAGCAGAUGCUUGUAUGUGGUUUUAAAAGAUGGUAAAAAAGAAGACUUUUCAUACCGCAAGUGCCUGGAAAACUUUGUAAGGAAGAAAUAUCCAGACAUUGCUGAAUCUUUCUGCGGCAAAUAUUUCAAAAAACCCCAACCCCGUGUAAAGAGGGACUUGACUCCAAACCCAGUCGGGGAGCAGACCUCAAAUCCGACUCCAGCAGGGGAACAGCCUGCAACCUUAAACCCUGCAGAGGAGCAGACUUCAAUUCCUAAUUCAGCAGGGGAGCAGACUGCUACUCCAGCCGGUGACCAGACCUCAACUCCAAUGCCUAUAGAGACCAAUGAGUAGAAGUUGAGAGUUGUAUCCUUAAUUUUGUACAGAAACAACUCAGUUUAGGCAAAGUUUCACCACCGACCAGUAUUCCUGUAGGAAAGGUUUCCUAUUUUGUUUACCGUCUCAGCAUCAGUUAUUUUGUUUUAUCCUGUGAUUGAUGAUGAUAAAACAAAUGGAAAUGUUUAUAUUUCAAAAUUUUGAGAUGAUAGCUUGUGAUAUGCCUGCCAAGCACAUGUCCUUCAUUUUAUCUAACCCCACUACACCAGAAUGGAAACCUGAUUUCUUUCAUGAACCAGCUUAUCUGUUAUUCUGUGAAUAGGUUAUCCAGCAUUUUAAAUUCAUCUGUACAGUGGUAAAUUAUUUGGUUA